UUGAAGAGAAGUACUUGUCCAAAGUCCAAAGACUUCAAUCCCCUCUGAGAGGAAAAAAAAUAUAAUAAUAACAAAAAUCAAAAGUAUGUAAUAUAAUAAUGUGAGAAAAAAGCAAAGACAGAAAUUACAAUUGAGUGAAAAAAAAAAGUGGGAGGGAUAGGUGAUUAGGUUCUGUAAUAAUUCACCAACAAGAGCAGUUGGCAGUAGUUAGUCUGUCUUUUAAAAUCUUACAUUGUUGCCUGUAAGAUUGGGCAGGUAAGCAAAGGCUCUAGCUUUCUCUCUAUCUCUCUCUAGAGUAAAGAGCUCACUCAUAAGUCACAACAGUGUCUGUGAUCUAUAAAGGUUGGAAUUUGAUGCUGCCUCUGCCGUUUAAGAAAGUACCCAAUUGAUGAAUUUGGUUUUUUCUUGUCAAAUUUAAGUGAGCAUUUGAUGCUUUUGAUGGUACAAUCAAAUACCCAAUUCAGGAUACUGUGCAAAAAACCUGCCUGCCACAUUUCAGUUCUUGCACUAAUUCAAGGUUAGAAUUUGAUGCCUUUUGGUCUUUUUCUUUUUUUAGGUACCCAUCUGAGAAUAUCUCAAACGGGUUUCUGCAACUCCCCAUUUCUUGGUUCUUGGAUUCAAAAUUUGAACAACUGGUUAUUCCCUAAUUAGGACUUAACUACAAACUACUUCAUUGUAUAUUCAUUGCUUGAAGAAGUGAUUGUUCUCAAUUUGGUCUUGUUUGAAAAAGAUCCAAACUUGCCUUCAAAUCAAUCACAUUGGUGUUUGAUUUAGUGGAGGGGCAUAGAACUUCAGUUUUCCCAUAAAAGAAAAGAGGCAAAAGGGAAUCUGCUUUCUUUUCUCUAGUCUGGUGAGCUGUUAAUUAGCUAGUGCCAUUGUUUGUCUAUGCCUACUUUAUACUCUGAAAGGUUCACUUUCCUGUCUGGGGAAGCAUUUUCCUUUUCCUCCUUUGCAUUAGGGUAAGCUUAAUCCCUAGGGUUUUUUUGAAAGGAAGAAGUAAUUUGCUGGCCUUGUAGAUUUUAUGCCUGAUACAUUUGGAUUUGUCCUUUUACUUUGUGUCUGUGGGAUGCUGCAAUAAGGGGCUUCUUUUGCUUUACACCUUCUGAGUUCCUAUAAAGCUGCCAAGGCUAUUUGUUCCUUGUUGAGUCAUGCAAGAUAUCACCAGUCAAUUUUAGUCAAACCCGCUUUGCCUUUUGUUUUAUAGUUUCUUUCUGUUCAUCUAUUUUUAGUCCCUGGGUUUCAUUUCAUUAGUAUAUAUAUAUAGGCGUGUUACAUAGUUUUGGUCUCCUAAAACUUCAGAAUUUUGGAGAUGGAUGGUCAUGAAAAUGAAGAUGUGGGGUUUCAACAUGGAAGUGAAGGUAUCCUAAAUUGCCCAUCUUCAAGGAUGAGCACAAAUCCACUGCCUGAAAAGGUUUCAGGAAUGAGUAUGAGCUCUGUCUCCAUGUAUAAACCUUCAAAUGGAGUUGAUCCUUUCUUUGGUUCUGGUUGGGAUCCACUUGUUUCAUUGAAUCAAAGUGAGAAUUUUGGAGGUUCUUCCAUGGUCUCUCAUGGUGAAUAUCCUCCUUACCCUGUUGUAAUGGAAAAUCAGGGAAUUAGUACCGCCUCCCAUCUGGUUCAGUACCCAUCCAGUUCCAGCUUUGCUGAGCUAGUGCCAAAGCUUCCAUGCUUUGGAAGUGGGAGCUUCUCAGAAAUGGUUAAUUCCUUUGGCCUUCCAGAAUGUAGUCAGAUUGCUAAUUCUGGGUGUCCUCAGAAUUAUGCCUCAAUCAAGGAAGUUGCCACUGGAAGGACUUCAACAAAUGGUGCAGAGUCUAAGGAUGAUCACCAAGUUUCAGGAGAGGGUGCUAUCGGAUCUUCACCUAUUGCAAAGAGAAGGAAGAGAGUGCCUGAUUCCAACAAUUUAGCAUUCAGCCCAAAUCAGAACGGUGAAGGGGAUGUACAGAAGGAUCUUUCUGGGGAGAGCUCUGAUGGUCAAAAAGAACCAGAUGAGAAGAAGCCAAAAAUUGAACAAAACACGGGUUCAAAUUUGCGUGGUAAACAAACAAGUAAGCAAGCUAAAGAUACUUCCAGUGGGGAUGCUACUAAAGACAAUUACAUUCAUGUCAGAGCCCGAAGAGGACAGGCAACAAAUAGUCAUAGCCUUGCAGAAAGGGUGAGAAGAGAAAAGAUUAGCGAGAGGAUGAGAUUGCUUCAAGAACUUGUUCCUGGAUGCAAUAAGAUUACUGGGAAAGCGGUAAUGCUUGAUGAGAUUAUUAACUAUGUGCAGUCGCUGCAACAGCAAGUUGAGUUUUUGUCAAUGAAACUAGCGACUGUCAAUCCAGAACUGAACAUUGAUAUAGAGCAGAUUCUGUCAAAAGAUAUUAUUCAUUCACGGGGCGGCACAGGAGCUAUUCUCGGGUUUGGUCCUGGAAUGAGCUCCUCUCACCCUUACCCGCAUGGGAUUUACCAAGGGACCUUGCCAAGUAUCCCCAGUACAACUCCAAAAUAUCCUUCAUUGUCUCAGAAUGUCUUAGACAAUGAUUUCCAAAGUCUUUUCCAAAUGGGAUUCGAUUCUAGUUCAGCUAUUGACAAUUUGGGACCAAAUGCAGGGCACUUGAAACCGGAGAAUUAGUGCUUGGAAGAGAUAAAAGUUUGUUUAUUUCCUCCUAACAAAGAUUACAUAUAUUUCAAGUUGACUGCACAUUAACUCAAUUACAAGGGGAAAAAAAUAGGCAAAAAAAAAAAGUUGUAUAGGUUGUCAUUUCCUGACUGUUUGUUCUUCUAAUUUUUUAGCAGAAGAAAAUGACCUGUUAGAAGUAGAAACUAUGUAUAUUUUCAGACCAAAAAAAGUGGGACUUUGAUUGAUGAAGAUUAUUGUUUUGAUUAGGACUAUUUGUGAAGCUUUGUGAGAGUUUUGGGGAAACUGUGGAAGAAAGUUUCUUUGUAGAGUACAUCAGGGUAAGAGAAUAGAUAGGGCAAGAAGUUUGUUUGUCAUCCUUUUGAAAGAACAGCUAUCUUCCAUUGCAAUAAAAAAUGGCAAUGUGUUUCUCCCUUGCUAUCA